AUGGCGCGCUUCGAGGCCUUUCUCAACUGUCUUGACAUCGUGCAUCACCCCAACAUAAAAGGGCUGCGGCUGAUUGGCUGCGACAACGACAAAGAGCAAAUUGAGAGAGCCUUAAUGAAUGCAGAGGCCUUUCGACUUCGCUCACCAAGACUGGCGAUAGCAGACGGCGACACUGAAGAAGAUGCGGCGCUGCCCUGUGCGCUGUCUUUUGUGCAUUCGGAUUUCUCUCCAGUAGUCGGUUCGUUGCCUCCUAAUUCUGUUGUCUUUUCUGAUGUGCCUUUCGGCUUCAGAAGUUUAUCUGUAGAAAAGAGACAGAAAAUUAUGAAGAGGUUAGAGAAAGCAAUUAGCAGCAACAACAACAUUAUUGCUGCUUUCAUCAUUGCUCCUAUUGACGUCUGUCUCCUCGCAUACACACCGACAACUCACAAACCCAUGCAGCAGCAGCAGCAGCAGCAGCAGCAGCAAGGGAAGCAGCACGAGAAGCAGCAAGGGAAGCAGCAGAGGAAGCAGCAGCUGAAGCAGCAGGAGGAGCAGCAGCAGAAGUGGCAAGACAAGCAGCACAAGGAGCAGCAGAAGAAGCGGCAAGAGAAGCAGCAGCAGCAGCUGAAGCAGCAGGAGGAGCAGCAGCAGCAACAGAAGCAGCAGACAUAA